AUGGCACCCUUACAACCGACGGCAGCCGGCAGCGCCCGCCUACCAUCCCACUCAAGUCCCCUCGCGUCGCAGCCGUCCCAAUCACGGCAGCCCGACCCUCCGUUGUCCGCACCCACACGGUCAUCCAUUGCCACGAGCGCCGACGAGCCCACCGCACGGCGCGUGUCGAGAAAGCUCCAAAAGAAGCGCCGCGAAACGGGCCAUACCCCUACCAUGGAGCUGCCGGAACGUUUUAAAGAGGACGGCGACCAUCCCGACGGCGAUGAGGAUGUGUUACAGCCGCAGGGUUAUGCUGGGGGCAUGUUCAUGAAUAUGAACCAGAGCAUAUUUGGCCUGAUCGCUGCGGCGGGCAGCCAGGUGGACUUCACCGACAGGUUCGAGGGACACAGCUCGGACGAAGACGAAGGAGAGGGCGUCAUGGCUAUGACCAUUGCUGGGCACAAGAGAACACCUCGACAGGAGAGUUUAGGUUCGCAAGGUGGACCUUUCCCUCUUGCGCAAACCACGAUUCUCAGAAAGCCUAAUGCGCCUGGCACCAAAGCUGAAGGGUCCCGCCAUCGGAGAAAGAUAUCGGAGAGCCGUCUUUUACGGUCUGUGUCUGGGCUUGCCCGCUUAUCCUCCAAGUCCAAAACCUCCAAGUCCCCGAAAGAAAUACCUACCGCAGCAGAGGAGCAAAUUCGCGAACCGGACCAAGCACCGGCUGCAACGUCAGAUCUGGCGCCCAGCAUCGAAAUCACGAGAGCCGAAGGCAGGCUGGCGCCCGUUAUGAGCAGGAUGCUAGAAGCCCGCGCCGAGAUGGCAUCGCGACCCAGCUUCGACCUGGAUAGGCUGUCGGGAGAGCAAGGGCGAGACGCCGAAGUCGGCAACACGGGCCCAACAGAGCUGGCCAUGAAGCUCAAGGAGAUAUUCGAGUUUGACAGCCCAGAAGAGGUUAUAGAAGAAUACCCGUGCUGGCUGCUCCAGCACGUUCUGCUCCAGGGCUACAUGUACAUAACGGCGCGCCACAUCGCCUUUUACGCUUACCUCCCGAAAAAGGCUAACGAAGUCGCCAAGUCUGGAUACCUCUCCAAGAGCGGGAAGCGAAACCCCAAGUACAACCGGUACUGGUUCCGCCUUAAAGGCGAUGUACUCUCAUAUUAUCGCGACCCUCAGAAUCUGUAUUUCCCGAGCGGCCAGAUCGAUCUACGUUAUGGUAUCUCGGCCAGCGUUACCGAUAAGGAAAAGGAUAAGGAUGACGUACAUUUCACUGUCACCACCCACCACCGCACUUAUAACUUCAAGGCCGACAGCGUGCAAAGCGCGAAGGAGUGGGUGAAGAGCCUGCAGAGGGUAAUAUUUAGAUCGCACAACGAUGGCGACAGCGUCAAGAUCUCGUUACCCAUCGAGAACGUGAUCGAUGUCGAGGAGACUCAGAUGCUGGAUUUUGCAGACACCUGCAAAAUCCGGGUGAUCGACAACGAUGAGACUUAUGCCAUCGAUGAGUAUUUCUUCUCAUUCUUUAGCUUUGGCAAGGAAGCGCUCAAUGUUCUCAAGAUCUUGGUUGAGGACUCGUUGGCUCAGACGCCUGGACUGAACGACCUUGCUCAGGUGGCGGAGGCUGAGGAAUUGAGCUCGCAUGAAACGUCAUCAAAGCGCACCAGCACGAGCGGAAGUCGGGAGCGCCCUCAAAGGCCCCCCAAUAUUCGCACCAGCAAACUUGCUGAAGUUGUCCGGGCUACGCUCACGCCGCUAUCGCCCGGCCAUCACUCACCCAGCCCCCGGGCUAGUGGGGAGUUGACAAGAAGCAGCUUUGAUGCGUUCCGCCCUUUUGGCCGGCGAAGCUUGGACGUCAGCCAAAUCAUCGGUCCGCGGCCGGACUCGCCUCGUAGGAGCUUCAGCGACAGCCGGCGGUCCCAGUCGAGGAACCGAUUGGGCGACAGCCGCGUCCGCCCCGAGAAGCAAGGAAGCAGCGAUUCCUAUGUUCAGAGCCUCGAGGAUCCAAGCCAGGCAAGCCUCUCAGCGCUCAUCGUAUCAGGAAGCAGCGAAGACCAAUCCGCAAGCCAAAUAUUGCGAGGCAGCGACGUCUUUCAUAGUCCCACAAUCCGACGAUCGGCAUCCCAGUCUAGGGCAGCGGAGGAGCAAGAUGAACGUGGUGCACGUCCAAUUAUACGACAUCACACGUCUGGUCUGGUUAAGUACUCGCCCAAACAUGCCUCAACCACUGGUCACACCACCGACCCUGGCGCCGGCGAGCACGAAGGGAUCCCUUCCACGCCGACGCUGCAGAGCAUCACCAAGAUGGGGGGCUACCCAUUCCAGAGGGCUAACGCGAUUAUGGGCUACUUGGACCGACAGUCUCGGCGCAUGAGUACCCUCUUGGCAACCGAGUCUAUGGGAUACGUGGAGAAGGUAUCGGGCAUGUGGAAAGGCGGCAAGAAGCACUACGAUGAACCCUCGGGCCUAAAAACUGACGACGAAGAGAUUGAGGAUGACCCGGAGGAGAGAGCCAGCUCUGAAGCCCGCUUCCAGGCCCACUUUGCUCUUCCGGAAACCGAAAAACUCCAAGCUGCAUAUUUUGGAUAUCUAAUGCGAGUCCUCCCGCUUUACGGCAAGAUAUACAUCGGUGACCGCCACUUUUGCUUCCGCAGUUUGCUGCCUGGCACCCGCACCAAACUCAUACUUCCUUUCAAGGACAUUGAGAAUGUCGAUAAAGAGAAGGGGUUCCGUUUUGGAUACUCGGGUCUCGUGGUGGUCAUUCGUGGACACGAGGAGAUUUUCUUUGAGUUUGGCAAAGGGGAGAUCCGAGAUGACUGCUCCGCUACAGUUCACCAGAACCUGGAGGCUACUCGCUACCUGCGCGAGUCCAGUCUGCUCGACCAGGACGAAAUGGAUGAUGCCCAGGCUGCAGUUGCCGAACGCGAUGCAUUGAAAGAGGCGCGAGGUGAAGAGUUCGCCGAGCAUGAAGUCAAGCUACCGCGCCAGAACUCGGGCUUUUCGUCGGAGGCGCCGACGAUUCUCUUUGAUGACCCCAAGGCUUCGUUCCUCAACUUCAAGCCCACCAAGUCAAUGAAGGUGACGUGCUUGACUAUCGGCUCGCGCGGUGAUGUGCAACCGUACAUUGCACUCUGCAAGCGCCUGAUUCAAGAGGGCCACCGUCCUCGCAUUGCCACCCACGCAGAGUUCAAGGACUGGAUCGAGAGCCACGGUAUCGAGUUUGCUAAUGUUGGCGGCGACCCGAGUGAGCUCAUGCGUAUCUGCAUCCAGAACGGCACGUUUACGUGGGCAUUCCUCAAGGAAGCAAACUCCAAGUUCCGCGGCUGGCUCGACGAGCUCCUGGCUUCUGCCUGGGUUGCCUGCCAAGGCAGCGACCUCCUGAUCGAGUCACCUAGUGCUAUGGCCGGCAUCCACAUUGCCGAGGCUCUCGGCAUUCCAUACUUCCGCGCAUUCACGAUGCCUUGGACGCGGACGCGAGCAUACCCGCAUGCGUUCAUCAUGCCGGGACAGAAGAUGGGCGGUGCGUACAAUUACGUCACGUACGUCAUGUUCGACAACGUAUUCUGGAAGGCAAUGGCUCAUCAGGUCAACCGCUGGCGGAAUAAUACCCUCCACCUACCCAACACAAACCUUGAGAAGCUCCAGAUGAACAAGGUGCCGUUUCUGUACAAUUUCUCCUCGUAUGUUGUGCCGCCGCCGCUCGACUAUAGCGAUUGGAUCCGCGUAACGGGUUACUGGUUCCUCGACGAGGGUGGGGACAAAUGGGAGCCACCUAAGGAGCUAAAGGACUUCAUCGAGAAGGCACGCCGAGAUGAGAAAAAGAUCGUCUAUGUUGGCUUCGGUUCCAUCAUCGUUCCGGACCCCAUCAAGAUGACCCAGGAAGUCAUCGAUGCGGUGAAGAAGGCAGACGUGCGCUGCAUUCUCAGCAAGGGCUGGAGCGAUCGCCUAGACUCGCCAGAUGCCAACAAAGACCAAACAGCCGGGAAGGGAAGCUCUUCUGACAACACGAAAGUAGAGCCCGUACUACCUCCAGAAAUCUUCCAGAUCAAGUCUGCCCCUCAUGACUGGUUAUUUAAGCAGAUCGACGCAGCGGCUCACCAUGGCGGGAGCGGCACAACAGGCGCAAGUCUUCGGGCUGGCAUUCCGACCAUCAUCAGACCCUUCUUUGGCGAUCAGUUCUUCUUCGGCACCCGGGUUGAGGACCUCGGCGUUGGCAUUUGCCUCAAGAAAUGGGGCGCCAACUCGUUUUCACGCGCGUUGUGGGAAGCAACGCACAGCGAGCGCAUGAUUGUCAAGGCACGGGUCCUUGGCGAGCAGAUCCGCAAGGAAAAUGGAGUAGACACGGCCAUUCAGAGCAUCUAUCGUGACCUCGAGUACGCAACCAAUCUGAUCAAGUCGAAGAUUGGCAAGAACGCAUCGCGCCGUGAUAAUGCCGCGGCCGGUGGUGAAGCCGAGGCUGACGACGACGAAGCCGAGGAGGAGAGUUGGACGUUUGUUGGCGCCGAUGCCGAAGCUGAGGAUAACGUUGACCCUAUCACAAAGCGGGCCGAAACGGAACCCAAAACUCCAUUGGUCGGCAGCAGAUCUCAAAGCAACCGAUCGCUGGGUGGUGUUACUCCCAGGGUGGCCUAG